AUGACUGGAGCUCAAUUUACGAAUGAGCUCGUUGAAGGUAGUGAUCGGCAAUGUAUUGACUUAUUGCGAAUGUCACGUGAAGCUUUCAUUCGAUUAUGUGAUUACUUUAAAGCAAAAGUGUUGGAUAAAAUGAUGGAGUUUGCAAAAGAGAUCAUAGUUCCUACAUCAUUCAAUCCUAAUCCAGACAUCCCUGAGAAUAAUAGAAGGUUACGACGAAUAUUUAAGGGAGCAAUUGGAGCCUUGGAUGKAACUUUAAUACAUGCUAUCGUCCCUAUUCAAGAGCAACAUUUAUAUAGAGGACGAGGAAAGGGUGAAUGUUAUCAAAAUGUCUUAGCAAUUUGUGAUUUCAACAUGGUUUUCACAUUUGUUGUUGCCGGAUGGGAAGGAAUUGCGCAUGAUUCUAGAAUUUUGUYUGAAGCUUUAACAGAUGGUGAUAUUGRAUUUCCAUUUCCUCCUUYAGAUAAAUAUUACCUAUGUGAUGCUGCGUAUACAAAUACUCGAGGAUWUAUGGCGCCGUAUCGUAAUGUUAGAUAUUGGCUCGGAGACUUUCGUCGUCGACGAGCAAUGAACAAGUAUGAAAAGUUUAAUCAUUCUCAUGCAAAACUUAGAAAUGUUAUUGAACGCUCUUAUGGCGUCCUGAAAGCACGUUUUCCAAUAUUGAAAAGAAUGGCAUCAUUUACACUUGAGGUUCAAAGAGACGUUGUUAUUGCAUGUUUUGCGGUUCAUAACUUCAUACGGAAGGAAGGUUUAAGUGAUGAGCUAUUUUCUGAGUAUGAUCAAAUCAGCGAACAAGAGAACGAUGGCGCAGAUGAGGCUGAAGAGAUUCAAUCGCAUGRGAGUGUCGCUGACCAAACAUAUAUGGCUAGUUUAAUAGAAGAAAUUGCGACACAAUUACAAAAUGAAUAUUGA